AUGCAGAAGUGGCGCGCGCUGUGGUCCGAGGGCGGCGCGCCCCGGCUGUUGUGCCAGCUGUGCACGCCGACGGUGUGCCCGAGCUGCCAGGCGGGCGCGCCGUGCCCGGGCGGCGCGCACGCGGAGAGGCCGGUGCGCCUCCGGGACGGCGCCGCGCGGCCGCCGGCGGGCACGGAGGUCAUUUUCCCCGAGAACAUGGCGAGCGCCGGCUUCGCCCGGCUCGAGGCGAUCAACUACCCCCCGGGCGCGCUGGGGGCGGGCGCCGCGGGGCCCGUGAGCAUCGGGCACCUCGUGGCCUUCUCGCGGGAGCUGGAGGCAAGGCUGCAGCACGGGGGCGCGCUGGGGGUGGUCUGCUCGCGGGGGGCGUGCGCCAACGUCCUGCUUUUGCUGGGCGCCCACCUGGUGCUCGCGCGCGGGCUCUCCGCCGAGGAGGCCCUCGCCCAGUUGCCGAGGACCCCCGCCGAGCAGCAGCGGUUCCCGGCGCCGUGGGCGCGAGAGGCGCUGUGGCACGCGCACUCGCUGACGGUCCGGGACUGCCUCGUCGGGCUGCAGACGGCCGUAGGCAGCGGCUGGCUCGACUACGGGGGCUUCAGCAGCGACGAGUGGCUCAAGCUCCUGAAGUCCUACGACGCCAGCUUCACCUUCAGCCUCCCCCUCAAGACCUCCAGCGGCGAGCCGAGGCGGCUCACCUUCUACGCCAUGGCCGACCCCGUCACCACGGUGGCGGACCCGGGCGUGAGGCCCUCGCCCCCCGAGGACGGCUUCGUGUCGGACUACGACAAGCUGUCCAGGGGAGCCCUGCAGCGCCCGAGGGCCGACAGCCAGGAUCGGAAGAAGAGGUCGCCCGACGCCUACGCGAGCGCCCCCGCGAGGGAUGCGAGCCAGCCAGGGGACACGGCCUCCAAGGACGACGGCCGCGAGGAGGACACGACGCCGGACAGGCGGUGGAGCAUCGUUUCCGCCCGCAGCCAAGAGGAUCCGCCCCCGCACGUGCCCAACGGCAAGAUGGCCAUGCCGGCCAGCAUGCCGCUGGGCGGGGUGUUUCGCCAGAGCCGCAAGCCCGGCGCCGGCGACUGCGGCGGCGAAGACGCCCACGCGAAGUCGGCUCGGGGCAAGGCCAUGGCGGCCUCUGUCGCGCUGGGCGACUUCAGCCCAGGCGCCAGGACCGACUCGAAGGAUCCCCGGGCCGCCGCACCCGCGACGCCCAGCGCCAACGGCGGGGUCACGUGGCUCGAGAUGGUGCGCGUGCGGCGCUGGGGCCAGGAGCAGCACGGCAAGCAGAGCUCGGUGCCCGUGGGCCUGGUGAAGGAGCAGGGCUUGACGACGCUCCCAGAGUUCGGCACCUGGCUGCGCUCCGUGGGGUGCCGGCGGCUGGUGCAGCUGAACCGACCGAACGAGAGAGUCCUGCCCUCGACUGGUUCGUACAUGGACUAUUUCGCCCAGUGGCAGCUGAAGCAGGAGGCCCUGCACUUCGACGACGGUUCAGUGCCGCCCGCCAAGGUCGUGCGUAGCCUCCGCUCCGUGGUGGAGGAGGUGAUGGUCGACAUGGACAACGACAGCCCGGGCAAGAUGGCCGGCUGCAGCGCGAUCGUGGUCCACUGUGCCGCCGGCCUUGGCCGGACGGGCACGUUGUUGGGCGUGCUGGCCAUGGAGAUGGUGGGAAUCCCUGGCGGCGCGUGGAUGGGUUGGGUCAGGAUGUGCCGCCCCGGCUCGGUGCAAACGCUGGCUCAGGAGAAGUUCCUGAAGACCUACCGGCCUGCGAGGAGGGCUCCGGGCAGGGCAGGAGCCCUGAGCCGCCUGCUGCGCAGCCUCCGCUGCGCGGGUGCGGCGGACGCCUGA